AUGGAGUUAUCUAACAUUAUCCGGAAACGAGAUGACGCACAUCCGGGAUCACCGGAAUGGAUGCAAUAUGAUCUUGAAAUCAAUUCUAUUAGACAGCAGAGACGCGACAUCGAAGAACGAUGGAAAACAGUUUUACGGGGUUUAGGUUUCGUCGACGAGGUGGAGACCGGUAUACUGAGCCCGAUAUCGACGUACAGCAAACAACAUUCCACAAUAUCAAAAUCAGUGCAAGCACGUGACCUAUACGGGCGUCUUGUCAAGGAAUCGGCGAUGUUUUCAGGGUGUCGGUGGCAGGGACAGUCGCAACGAUACCUAAUAAUCAUUGAACGAUUAAUCGACUUAGAAACAGCAGAAGAUUUCGUCGAGGCAGCCUUAGAAUUGUACCCACGCGAGAAAGAAUAUUACGGAGAGGAACAAGAUUAUCAAGAUGAAGAUUGA